AUGAUCGUCGGUGGGAAUGCUUUCGGUGGCGAUGCCAUCGGUGGUGAUGCCAUGGGUGGUGUAGUCAUCGGUGGCGAUCCCAUCGGUGGUGAGGGUUUUGGUGGUGUUGUCAUUGGUGGUGAUGCUAUCGGGGGUGAUGAUUUUGGUGGCGACGCCAUUGGUGGUGAUGGUUUGGGUGGCAAUAUCAUCGGUGGCGAUGCAAUUGGUGGUGUAGUCAUCGGUGGUGAUGCCAUCGGUGGUGACGGUUUCGGUGGUGAUUCUGUCGGUGGAGAUGGUUUCGGUGGCGACGACAUCGGUGGUGAUGACAUUGGUGGUGUAGUCAUAGGUGGCGAUACAAUUGGUGGAGAUGGUUUGGGUGGCAUGAUCGUCGGUGGGAAUGCUUUCGGUGGCGAUGCCAUCGGUGGUGAUGCCAUGGGUGGUGUAGUCAUGGGUGGCGAUCCCAUCGGUGGUGAGGGUUUUGGUGGUGUUGUCAUUGGUGGUGAUGUUAUCGGGGGUGAUGAUUUUGGUGGCGAUGCCAUUGGUGGUGAUGGUUUGGGUGGCAAUAUCAUCGGUGGCGAUGCAAUUGGUGGUGUAGUCAUCGGUGGCGAUGCCAUCGGUGGUGACGGUUUCGGUGGUGAUUCCGUCGGUGGAGAUGGUUUCGGUGGCGACGACAACGGUGGUGAGGACAUUGGUGGUGUAGUCAUAGGUGGAGAUACAAUUGGUGGAGAUGGUUUGGGUGGCAUGAUCGUCGGUGGGAAUGCUUUCGGUGGCGAUGCCAUCGGUGGUGUAGUCAUGGGUGGCGAUCCCAUCGGUGGUGAGGGUUUUGGUGGUGUUGUCAUUGGUGGUGAUGCUAUCGGGGCUGAUGAUUUUGGUGGCGACGCCAUUGGUGGUGAUGGUUUGGGUGGCAAUAUCAUCGGUGGCGAUGCAAUUGGUGGUGUAGUCAUCGGUGGCGAUGCCAUCGGUGGUGACGGUUUCGGUGGUGAUUCCGUCGGUGGAGAUGGUUUCGGUGGCGACGACAUCGGUGGUGAUGACAUUGGUGGUGUAGUCAUAGGUGGCGAUACAAUUGGUGGAGAUGGUUUGGGUGGCAUGAUCGUCGGUGGGAAUGCUUUCGGUGGCAAUGCCAUCGGUGGUGUAGUCAUGGGUGGCGAUCCCAUCGGUGGUGAGGAUUUUGGUGGUGUUGUCAUUGGUGGUGAUGCUAUCGGGGGUGAUGAUUUUGGUGGCGACGCCAUUGGUGGUGAUGGUUUGGGUGGCAAUAUCAUCGGUGGCGAUGCAAUUGGUGGUGUAGUCAUCGGUGGCGAUGCCAUCGGUGGUGAUGAUUGUGGAGGACAUGGAACUUCCGGUGACGGUUUCGGUGGUGAUUCCGUCGGUGGAGAUGGUUUCGGUGGCGACGACAUCGGUGGUGAUGACAUUGGUGGUGUAGUCGUAGGUGGCGAUACAAUUGGUGGAGAUGGUUUGGGUGGCAUGAUCGUCGGUGGGAAUGCUUUCGGUGGCGAUGCCAUCGGUGGUGAUUCCAUAGGUGGUGUAGUCAUGGGUGGCGAUCCCAUCGGUGGUGAGGAUUUUGGUGGUGUUGUCAUUGGUGGUGAUGCUAUCGGGGGUGAUGAUUUUGGUGGCGACGCCAUUGGUGGUGAUGGUUUGGGUGGCAAUAUCAUCGGUGGCGAUGCAAUUGGUGGUGUAGUCAUUGGUGGUGAUGAUUGUGGAGGACAUGGAACUUCCGGUGGUGGUGGCUUGACUGUCGGAGGCUUAUGGUGGUGUGGCGGUUUCACUUUUGGCGGAAUGGUGGGUGGUGGCUUGACUACCGGUGGCUUAUGA